AUGCUAGAGAGUGAUACUCAGCUGGGGUCCCUUUUGCGGGGCACUGUCUUCAGAUGGAUAUCAGAUGUAGUUGGUGGUAGUCAGUCAAAGCUAAUGUCAGACCAUGUCAGUUGCAAAUAUCCAAGGGAAACUAAGGGCUAUGGUGUGGAGGGAACAGCUGCCAACAGUAGAGUUGUGGCUCACUAUGAUGCAUUUGGAGCCGCCCCCAGUAAGGAAUUAAUACUUAUAGAGCUAUGGUUUGGAUUGCAACAUCUCCCAAUUUCACUUAUUCAUGAUUCACAGUGGACCACUGAGACCCCCUUUGGGAUGCUGUUCCAAGAAAACCAAAAGGAUAACCCCCGGCACAUAUUUUUUCCCAGGAUGUCACAGUAUAUUUCUGAAGAAAUUUUGUUUGUAGUUGGGGUGUUACACAGACUGAUAAGAAUUUGGAAUGCAGCCUUAAAUGUGUUCCAAUACAUCAGUGACUAUGAAAAAGCAUUUUUAGGGCUGCCAGCAUUGACCAUUCUUAAUCAGCGUGUGACAUCAGAAAUUUUGUUUAAGCCCAUCAUAAAAGGUGAUACCUGGAGUGUAACCAAGACACAAAUAUUUAAUGCCGCAAAUCAAGAUUUGAUCAUACAAUUAUACUUCCAGCAUCCAAAAACUGGUGAACGGGGGAGCAUCCUUGACACGCCAGACAGUAUUGAUGUAGAUGCCCUUACUCGCAACACAGCUGUGAUUGCAACUUCUCUUCUUCAACACAUUUAUAACACAUCAGUUGAUGAAAUAUUUUCAGAGGGUUUGGAGGUUACAAGAGAGAGUGUGCAGUCUUGGUUAGACUUGAUGAGCUCCCAGCCAAGAUCUCCACAGCUACUUUCAGGGAAGAAUAACCCACUAGUCUCUACUCUUCACCAAGUACUGUCCAGAUAUACCAAUGAAGCUCGUGUAACCUAUGUAAAGGCAGACAAGAGGGAUCCUGAGUGGGCUUUCUACGACGUAACCAAAACCACCAUGGCUGCCUAUGCCGUCAAACCUGCUGCCUUUGAUUUCCUCCUUACCUUGGCCAUUCUAAGUUACCUGGGAGUGAUCUAUGUGUUCCUACAGUACUUCCCAAAGAUCUAUGUCAUGAUGGCCAGAAUCACCUCUCCGCGCAAAUCUAAGGUUCAUUAAUUAGAUUUUGUUGUAUAAUAUGUUGUUAGCUUCUUUAUGCAUUGAAUUAAAUGCAAUACAAUUGACUGUAUGUAUGUAUCUUAUGUUUAUCUGUGUUUAAUAUUUCUACAAUUGUGUGAAGUUUGAGAGAUAUCUUCUCCCUCAGUUUAUACAUGAAAAUUUCUGAA